AUGGGUUCCUUCAAAUGGAUCAACUUGUUCAUCAUCAUUUUCUAUUGCUUUUUAACUGCAACACCCAUCAUCUCAGAUUCAAACACAAUCCCAAACUUUCUGGAUUUAGCCAAGGAACCUCAAGUCUUUGAUUGGAUGGUUGAUAUCAGGAGGAAGAUUCAUGAGAAUCCUGAACUGUGUUAUGAAGAAUUUGAAACCAGUAAGCUUAUUAGAGCAAAAUUGGAUGAAUUGGAUAUUCCAUAUAAACAUCCAGUUGCAGUUACAGGUGUUGUUGGUUACAUAGGAACUGGUCUUCCUCCUUUUGUUGCUCUCAGAGCUGACAUGGAUGCUCUUCUUAUGCAGGAAUUGGUGGAGUGGGAACAUAAGAGUAAAGUACCCGGAAAGAUGCAUGCAUGUGGUCAUGAUGCUCAUGUUUCUAUGCUUCUUGGUGCUGCAAAGAUUCUCAAAGACCAUGAAAAAGAUUUACAAGGAACUGUUGUUCUUGUUUUUCAACCUGCAGAAGAAGGAUGUGGCGGGGCUAAGAAAAUUGUAGAUGCUGGAGUUUUACAAAAUGUGUCUGCCAUAUUUGGAUUGCAUGUCCUAAAUAACUUGCCUCUAGGCGAAGUGGCAUCUAGGUCUGGUCCUCAGUUUGCAGGAAGUGGCUUCUUUGAAGCAAUAAUAAGCGGCAGGGGUGGUCAUGCAGCCAUUCCUCAACAUUCUAUAGAUCCUAUAUUGGCAGCUUCCAAUGUGAUUCUUAGCUUACAACAUAUCAUUUCUCGCGAAGCUGAUCCUCUCGACUCUCAGGUUUUGACUGUAGCAAAAUUUCACGGAGGUGGUGCAUUCAAUGUUAUUCCAGACUCUGUCACAAUUGGUGGCACCUUCCGAUCUUUUUCAAGGGAAAGCUUCACGCGAAUGAAACACCGCAUUGAGCAGGUUAUUACUGGACAAGCUGCUGUGCAGAGAUGCAAUGCAACAGUGAGCUUCUUGGAAGAAGAGAAGCCUCUGAUCCCUCCAACGGUAAACAACGGUGACCUGCAUCACUAUUUUCAAAGUGUCGCCAAGAGUUUACUCGGUGCUGAUAAAGUUAAAGGCAUGGAACCAAUGAUGGGAUCAGAAGACUUUGCGCUCUAUCAAGAGGCUUUGCCGGGUUACAUCUUCUUCCUCGGAAUGGAGGAUGUUUCCGUUGAACAUCUUCCGACAGGACACUCGUCCUAUUUCAAAGUCAACGAAGAUGUGCUUCCUUAUGGUGCUGCGCUUCACGCCUCAUUAGCUGCGAAGUAUCUUGCCAAACUUCAUCAGGAGUUGCCUGUAGUAGAGGUGAAAUAUCAUGAUGAAUUAUAG